AGUUGCCAGAAUUGCCCUGUAAACAUACGUAAUUGUACUAUAAGAUAUGUAAAUAUCAAAAAUUGGCAUAAGUUAAAAAUUUCUUUAUUUUUUGCAGGCCCUGGUGGUUUCUCAGAAUAUAUACUUUACAGAAAAUCGUGGGAAUCAAAAGGAUUUGGAUUCACUUUUCGAGGACCUAAUGAUAAGCUCGAUAAAUUUUUUGCAGGAUCGCCAGAAUCAUUCGAUACCUUUUAUGGAAUAAGAAAAGAUGGAAAUAUAUUCUUUAAAGACAAUCAAGAUUCUUUCGCUGAAUACGUUUUGAAGCAUUGUAGAACUGGUGUUCAUUUUGUGAUGGCGGAUGGCGGAUUCUCAGUCGAAGGGCAAGAAAAUAUUCAGGAAAUACUUUCCAAGCAAUUAUAUCUCUGCCAGUGCCUAAUGGCAUUAAAAAUUCUUCGAGAAAAUGGUAGUUUUUUGUGCAAGAUGUUUGAUUUGUUCACUCCAUUUAGUGUAGGUCUUGUAUAUUUGAUGUAUAAAUGUUUUGAUCGGAUAUCUAUUUUGAAGCCCAAUAGCAGUAGACCAGCAAAUUCAGAGAGAUAUUUAGUUUGUAAAUGGAAGAAAGCAAAAAUCGAAUCCGUUUGUAAAUAUUUGGAUCACGUGAAUGAUAUCUUUAAUGAGGCUAAAGGAGAUGUUUUAGAAAUUGUCAACCGAGACGACAUUAUGAGAGACAAAAAUUUUCUAAAUUUAAUUGUCAGUAGUAAUAAUGAAAUUGGAAAAAACCAAAUUAUAGGUCUGAAAAAGAUAGCGGUAUAUUGUAGAAACACACAACUGAGGGAAACAAAGCAAUCAGAAAUCCGUAAGCGAUGUCUUGAGUUGUGGAGUCUUCCAGAUAAACUUAGACAAGCACCAGAGUCCAAGUCUUCCGAAAAGCUCCUUGAGGAGAUUCUAGGAGAUUGGAACGAUAAACUUCUAUUUAAUUCUUUGCCCACUGAACUGUAUGGUGUCGAAUACCUGCAAAACAGUAUAAACAGCAUUUACGACUGGUAUUUUGUUCCAAUUGGUAGAGGUGAAACUAAUAUUAAUACUUGCAGUAUGUUUUUAUGUAAGUCUAAAGGCUGUUUACUUCGAUAUACCGAUAGUAAGAAAUGGGAACCUGUGGAGUACAUUUUUGAAGUAUCUCCUAGAUCUAUUUUUUAUGGAGAAAUUGUGUACGAAUAUACUGCUGAGGGUAGAACACAAACGCGCAUCUGUGCUCUACAUAUAAUAGAUGCUAUCAUACUAGGUGGAACAGACGUAAGGCGUUUCAAACUUUCUGAACGUGUUCGAUUAUGUCAAAAGUAUGCUCUUAGUGUUAAUAAACCAUACAAAGAAGGAAAUUCGGGUCCCAUUCGAAGUAAAUCUUUAUAAUAUCUUAUCUUACUAAUAU